UUUUCCGUACGGUUUUUGUUGACAGGUUAUGGCAACAUAACCCCUGCAACAGCUGGUGGCCAAGUUUUCACCAUUAUCUACGCAUUUCCUGGAAUCCCAAUCACUCUCCUUGCAUUGCGUGCAGUUGGAAAAUUGGUCAACAUCGGUUUAAAAAAGGCAAACAGACCCCUACACAGAAAACGUCACGGUAUGGCCUGCCCAGAAAACCAAUGUCCUUUCCUGGAAAAAGCAAAUAUGUGCAUCAAUUUAUGUUGCUUCGUUUUAACUUGGGUGAUGGUAACAACAGUUCAAGCGCGUUUGGAGCCAGAGAAGUCUGUUGUGUUCAUUGUUUAUUCCAUGUUCGUGACGUACUCCACUGUUGGAUUUGGCGAUUUUAUCCCGUUUGAAAAACACAAAUCCAUUUUUAUCGUAUUUGUUCUGCCUGGCCUGUCCUUUUUAUCGGGUUUGAUUGAUUCUGUUGUCGCUUACUUGGAAAAAAGCAACGUGUUAGGAAAGCGUUGUUAUAAAUGUGUGAGUUGCCUGGGAGUAAAAAUGAAAGCAAAAAGGGCAAGAAUAAAUUCCGCAGAAGCGGUUAAGGCCCAAAAAAGUCAAGAUACAGUAGAAACGGAUAUUAAUGCAGAGCACGCCGUGUGA